AGGAGGCGCCAUACAUGAGUCAUUUCCUCUGACGUUUAACUUGGUACAUUUUCAUCUCUUUCCACGCCACAGGGUACAUUUUAAGCUAAUAUUGUGUCUCUCCUAGCCGGACGGGAUUGAGAUGUUCCAUUUUAGGUUUUCCACAUUGCUUCAGGAGUUGCUUAAAGCCAACCUAAAGCGUCCUUCGGCCAGCUCCAGACAGACGUGGUUAGCGACCCGCCACCGCUGCUUCGGUACCGCCUCCGUGGACUGCAGAUCAACCCAGCAGAUUCUCCUCCAUGGCCGCACACUGCGCACAUCAUACCGCGCGGCUAAUUUCCGUCCGUUCUGCGCGAAAGUCGAAGGAGAGUUGAAAGCGGACGAAGUGACGAAAAAGGAUGGCGUCAUCAGUGAAGAGGCUGCCAACAAGAGAAAGAAUGCUGAUAUUCUGCCGAGCCUGGAGGAUUUGCUCUUCUAUACUGUUGCAGAAGGUCAAGAAACGAUUCCUGCUCAUAAAUUUCUCACAGCACUUAAAGCCACAGGACUUCGCACAGGAGAUCCCAGACUAAAGGAAUGCAUGGAAACACUCAAAGAAACCCUCAGGAACACCUCCGAUGGCGUUACACUGGAUAAGCACUUAUUCAAGAAGUGUGUCCAGAACAACAUUGUCCUGCUCACGCAGGCCUUCCGCAAGAAGUUCGUCAUCCCAGACUUCCAGUCCUUCACUUCCCACAUUGAUGAGCUUUAUGAGAGUGCCAAAAAUCUCAGUGGAGGGCAGGUUGCAGACUACAUCCCUCAACUUUCCAAAUUCAAUCCAGAUCUGUGGGCUGUUUCUCUGUGCACAGUAGAUGGGCAGAGAUACACAGUGGGAGAUACAAAGGUCCCCUUCUGUAUGCAGUCUUGUGUCAAGCCCCUGAAGUAUGCUGUUGCUGUUCAUGACCACGGCACCGAGUAUGUGCACAGUUUCAUCGGGAAGGAACCCAGUGGCCUUCGUUUUAACAAGCUCUUUCUCGAUGAAGAUGAUAAGCCCCACAACCCAAUGGUGAAUGCUGGAGCUAUUGUUUGUACCUCCCUGAUAAAGCAAGGCGAAGGCAAUGCAGAAAAAUUUGACUAUGUCAUGAACUUCUUGAAAAACAUGGCAGGAAACGAGUAUGUGGGUUUCAGCAAUGCCACAUUCCAGUCCGAGCGUGAUUCAGGAGACAGGAACUUUGCCAUCGGCUACUACUUGAAAGAAAAAAAGUGUUUUCCAGAGGGGACAGACAUGACAUCUAUACUGGACCUCUACUUUCAGCUGUGCUCCAUUGAGGUGACCUGCGAGAGCGCUAGCGUGAUGGCUGCCACACUCGCUAAUGGGGGCAUCUGUCCGAUCACAGGUGAACGUGUGUUAAGCCCUGAGGCUGUGAGAAACACCCUGAGUCUCAUGCACUCCUGUGGCAUGUAUGACUUCUCUGGACAGUUUGCCUUCCAUGUGGGUCUGCCUGCCAAGUCUGGAGUUUCAGGGGGGAUCCUGCUGGUAGUCCCCAAUGUGAUGGGUAUUGUUUGCUGGUCACCUCCCUUAGACAAACUGGGCAACUCAGUCAGAGGAAUUCAGUUUUGCACGGACCUGGUGGAACUUUUUAACUUCCAUAACUAUGACAACUUGAGGCAUUUCGCCAAGAAGCAUGAUCCUCGCAGAGAGGGCGGAGAACAGCGGCAGCAAUUCUUCGGACCGAUGGACUAUGACAGUCUACAACAAGAGCUAGCACUGAAAGCCCCCCUUUGGAAAAAAGUCUCUCCCACUGAGUCACACCAGGACACCUCUACUACUGUAGUCUAUAGGAUGGACAAUGUCAGCAAGUGAAACUAUAAAAGGUCAACUUGACAUGAUCGUUCCUCCCACCCCUGCCACACCCUCAAAUAUUUAUGUAAAUUAUUUAGAGGAAUAUUUAUUGUUUGUGAAGUGGUUACUGUUUGGGCUGACUGUUAUUGUUUUAUGUUUUUCCAUGAUGGGAUAUGAAAUGAGAUUUUCUGCAGAAUUCUAAAUGAAAUUCCAACUCCCGCUAGUUGCCUUAGUGUGUCAAAUCUGAUAUUCACAUUGAUCUUGUACAAAUACCUAUUUCAUUAUGAUUGCUAUUAGCGUCUUAUUACCACUCAGUGGAAAAAACUGUUCUCCUUUAUAUAAAGACUGUGGUCUGAAACCAAAAAGUGUGUGUGUGUGUAUGUGUGUGUGUGUGUGUGUGUGUGUACAGCUUUGGUACAACCAAGCUUUAGACCUACAAGCUGUUGCCUAUUGUAUCACCUUAGACUGGUUGUAUCAACACAGUAAAAUACCCACUCAGUGUUAUUUUUUUAAUCUGUGAUAUUGUCAGGUCAAUAAGUAUUCAUUUGUCCAUGAGAUUAAACGUCAUAGUCUGCUUUUCAGAAUAUUUCUGUAAUUCAAUCACAACAAUGUAGCUAUUGUUUUUAUUCGACUGUAUAUGCUGGAACUUGAAGGGAAAGCGUUACCUAAAGUUGAAGUGCAUACCUUUACAUACCUCACACACACUAGCAACGUUUCUUCACUUUAUGUGCUUUUUACCGAGAGUUCUGAUCCAGUUCUUUGGUUAAAGCCGAGUUUAUCUCUGCUAAUGCUUGACUGUUGGUAUAAUUACAGACAUAAACUGGAUUGAUGGACUAUAAAAUGACAAAGAUUGUCAUUAGCAUCUUUUAUUGACCUUUCUGUUAAAUUCAUUACGUUUUUAUAGAGAGGACCAGUAUGGGCAACUGACAUAUAAAGAUACCUCAGUUUUUGUAAUCCGUUUCAAACGAAUUAAAGACCGUAAGCCGGAGUAAUUUUACCGAAGACCACCUUUUUAUGAUAAAUUUUAGUGUUCAAACAAAAGCUUAUCAAUCACAAUUGAUAUCAUAUUUAUUGACCUGUUGGGAGUGACUACCUCUGGCUUUUUGUACUUAAUAGGAACAAGUGUGUAACUGGGAAAGUGUCCGACAUUGGCAAAGGCACAUGCUUCAGCAUUGUUUGUCUUAAGCAUUUUGACAAAAAUAAAGCUGCUGUAAAGAUUCUAAUAAAACUACUACUGGAUUCCAACCCACCCUUUGAUCACUCCGCAGUUAUGUUUUUUUAUAAACUCCACAUGACUGAGUGGCAGUUCAGUAUGGACAUGUAGUUCUAAAUAAGUGACCUUAGCAUGUAUUACUGCUCAAAUAUUCCCAGUUAAGGACAGUUUUACUCUGGUAAAUUUUUCCUGAAGAUGCUUUGCUUUUGAUAACAAACUACCAUAUCAUAUAUAUUUAGGAGAUCAGAACUUCCAGUAAUUCGCAAUUCACGGAAAUCCACUACUCCCUGCGAAUAUUGCGCGGCCUUGCAACUUUGUCCAAUCCCCUGAACUUCUUCACACAUUGGCCAGUAAUUUUGGCCAAUUAAAUUUGUCCCAGAGCAGUGCUGUUACACGCUCAUCAACGGUCUAAUCAAAUCAUAUUUGUUUUUUGUUUGUGUUGGCAAACUAGAAACAUCAACAUUUAACCAUUUUAACUCUUUAUUGUUCUAACAAAUAGUACUCAUUCGAAGUUCAAAACCGCUUACAGUUCAGCGCCUAGCUUUCUGGUUAAUGUAGUAUAUAAACAUUUAUCAAGACAUUGACAGAGAUGUUGAUGUGUAAUGAUUAUCGCUCAUUUUCUUUCAUUUACGAAACGAGAAUCACCGCUAUAAUGGCACUUAAUAGUUUCAACUGUAAAACAUACAUGAAGAAUGUCUGCCACUUGUUGGCAACAGAGCAGACAGCGGACAUUAAGGGAGCCUUUUGUGGUGUUUGUUUUCAUAAUACAGUAAUUUGACAAUAGGUUUAGAUAAUGUUCAUAUACUGCUAUGUAGUAAGUUAGGUUUUGUUGCUCUGUGUUAAUCAAACAAGUGAAACAUUAGUAUUUGUACACAUUUGUGCGCAAAAAAAACAAGUGUUGUUCAUUAUGUUGAAAUCCUGUUAUGUUAAAAUGAACACAUUGACAACAAAUUCAUAAAAUCUCAAGCUUAAAAAAAUAAACCACACAAGUUUUGGCAAUAUUUUUAAAAAUGUUGCAAAAUCAGGAAUUUUAGGCGGCAACAAUCGCAAAAACUAACAAGAUAAUGGAGGGACUAAAUAACUAGCACUUUUGGUUGCUUACUGAUUCAAAACUGGCUUGCGGUUAAAUCACAUUUGAUUGUUAGCUUGUAAACACAUUUUAUACACUUAUAGAGCAUUUAUAUAUUCAGUAGUGCCUCAAUCUAGUUGUAUUCCUCAGGUGUGUCGAGCUUUAAGCAGUGUGCAUUUAUACACAUUGCUGAUUGGAUUAAAAAGAGAAUUUAAACAAUGUGACUUGAAAAGACUAGUCUGCUUGGAAUGUCAUACUGCUGAAAUGGGAGUGUUUGCACGGUUUUUACUGAAGUUCAAUGUGAGAUCUGUUUGUUUUAUGGGUUUUUGUUGGUGGUCAUAGACCCUUUUGUUUUCUUAAAUUUUUUGUGCAGUAUUAUAUUGUGCAAAGUAUUCAACAGCCUCUGCUAACAGGAAUUUAAUUGGCCUUUUUAUUGUCUUUCUUGGUUACUUAAUUCGUAAAUCAAAAAAGCAGCAUACGGAUAAGACAAUUAUUUUAUUCUAAACAUUGGAGGAAACAACACUCAGGCUAUUACCAGGGGUGUCCCGAUCUGAUAUUGAUUAUUGGUCCAAUGUCAGCAAAAAACAAGUGUUGGGUUAUAUAAUCUUGCAUGUAAGAUCUUCGAUACAAGCAGUCUGGCAGUGCUUUUACUUGUGCAAAGCUGGACAGCAAGUUAACAUCCAAAUGUUCUCCAAUAAGCACACAAGUUUGCUCUUUUCCUGUAUUUUAGUCAAGGUGUUUACCAGAGGUAAACAUGGUAGGCUAUAGGCUACUAGGAGCUGACACAACAGCUAAGCACACAAGCAAGACAUAUGUAAUAUGUGUUCUUAAUUGAACAAUAUUGCAGUCUAAAACAGCACAUUUGUUAGAAAAAAAUAAGUAUCAAAUAAUAAUAACUGCCUAUUAUUACAGUCUCCAAGGCAGAAGCAUAUUAGAAAGUAUCCAGUAAAAAAAAGUCUCAGCAUCAUUCAAUUUACUGCAACAUGAGCUUAAUGAAAUAUUGUGGCCAUUAGGUGUUGCCAAAAAACAAUCACCACUCCACUUCAACAUGGAUAACAUAAGUCCAUUGCAGAUAUUUAAUAAUAAAUAUGUUGGUAUUUUUCAUACCUACCAAUGUUCUUUGUUUGAGUAAUUUCUGUUGAUCACACCUUUUCUAACAUUCCACAAGUCUAAAUAAUAAAAUGUAUGAUUCUUGUUGAUAUCCUAUCGUAUCAAUAUUGAUGUCGGUCAAUACUCAAGGCUCCAAAAUCAGGACCAUAUCGGAGAAGUAAAAUCGGAGUGCUCCUAGUUAUUAUAUAGGAUAAUGUGCUAUCUUAGGACCUUAACUAAACAUACAAACUGGGGAAAUAAUUUGUCAUGGUGAUGGUGGGAAUGCUUCCCGAUUUGUCCGGCAUUUACUCUAAAGUUCUGUUCUUGUAUGCCAACUAUUAGAUUAGAUUCAUCCAGCACUGAUACAAAGCAAACAAUCUUGACUGAUCAUUUCAAACUUGAUUUCUCUGUUUCCCAAAAAACCAAACCAGUCUAAUGCUGUGUACUUGAGGCUAUACCUUGUAAUAUGAAACAAUACAAUUCUUGCAUAAGAGGCUUUUGAAUAGUUUCAUCAUCAGUUUUCAUGUUUGCUUAGCUGUCAUAUUUAACUUUUGCAUGCUCCUCAUUUAUGUAUGCAUUUAAUUAGGAUACUUUGUUGUAUGUUCUUUUGAUUUCUUUCACAUUUUAUGUUGAUUUCUGUCUUGGACAUUAAUUGUAUCCUGCGUGACACUGAUUAGGCAUAAACAUUUACCAAGACUUUGGAAAUGUAAAGUUUUGAAUAAGUACAUGUAUUUAUUUAUUUAUAUGUGUAUGUAUGUAUGUAUGUAUGUAUGUAUAUAUGUGUGUGUGUGUGUAUGUGUAUAUAU